AUGACCUCCUUCAAGACCGUGACGACUUACGUUGAGAUCCAGUACCGGUUGUUUAUGUACAGUAGCACCGAGCGAGAUACUCUUCGUCCAGUGGUGCGUCUGGGCACAUUUGAGCACGUUGUGAGCCCGAGAGCAGCCCCCGCCAUCCGGUAG